UGUACAUUUUAGUCUACUACCUCGUCUUUGUUUCUUUCUCUUAAGCCAUUGAGAAAGAAAAACAUGGGGAAUGAAACUCAAGAUCAACAAUACUCAAAAAAGCUUCCAUCUUAUAAUCAGCAGACCCAUACUCAAACUCAAAAGCACAAGCUGAAGUCUUUUAUGCUAAUCAUAUUUACCAACCUUGAACUCAACUCCACCAAAGCUCAACUAGCUGCAAGCCACACAAUCUUAUCCGAGCUGCAUCAGAGACUCAACUCAACUAACUUACUUGUCCAGGCUCUGCUUAUUGAUCUUACCCACGAACAAGAAAAGCAACCCAACCUUGCAGAUGAGAAUCCUUUGACUGUGAAUCUCAGAAACGAUGAUUCCACUAUAUCUGAUGAGCUUAAUGUUGCACUUGGCCCUCACAAGCUCCCUUUCGGAUACUCGCCAAAGAUCGGUUCAGGUGAAAUUCACAUGCCUAUUGGUGAAGCCUGUUUGAGGCUACAUGAGGAGUUAAAGCAAUAUAUGACAUAUGACAUUGGAGGAGAAUGUCCUGGAGAUGAUGUACUUGCGCAAGGACUCAUGCUCAAAGGAUGCGAACCAUUACCUCGUCGGAGAUGCCACACGAAGUCUCCUACAAACUAUGUAGAGCCAACGCCUUUGCCGGGUAGUCUUUGGACGAUUCCACCGGACACAAGCAUCAUAUGGGAGUCCUAUAGUUGUAAAAGCUAUCGAUGUCUUAUUGAUAGAAAGAAUGAGCCAGGUUCUUAUGACUGCAAAGGUUGCUUUGACUUAGAGAAAGAAGAGAAGAUUAAGUGGAUCUUUGAUGAUGGUGGACUUGAUUUUGGAAUAGACCAAGUUCUUGCAGCAAAAACAGCCGGAACCAUUCGGAUUGGACUUGACAUAGGUGGCGGAACCGGAACAUUUGCAGCUAGAAUGAAGGAGCGAAACGUGACGAUCAUUACAAGUACACUGAAUUUGGAUGGUCCAUUCAACAACAUGGUUGCAUCAAGAGGUUUGAUACCAAUGUAUAUUACCGUCUCUCAAAGGUUUCCGUUCUUCGAAAACACACUGGAUAUUGUGCAUUCUAUGGAUGUCAUUGGCAAUUGGAUGCCAGACACCAUGCUUGAGUUUUUGUUGUAUGAUAUAUACAGGGUGUUGAGGCCAGGAGGUCUAUUUUGGCUUGACCAUUUCUUCUGCUUUGGUUCACAGUUCAACAAAACUUACGUGCCAAUGUUCGAUCAGGUUGGAUUCAAUAAACUGCGAUGGCAUGUUGAAGUCAAACCUGAUCCCGCGGUUCGGAGGAAUGUAUGGUACAUUUCAGCUCUGAUGGAAAAACCAAUGUUUUGAGGUAGGCAUAUGAAUGUAUUAUGUAUACGCUAUAUUUAAUUGACGAAGUUUUUUUCCAGUUUUAAAAGUGAUUAUGCAAAAAAAAAAAAUGCAAAGAUCUUGAGUUCUUGACGCAACUAACUAGAUACUAAUAAACUCUAACAGACAAAUGUAAAAUUUGGCUCCUACACACACCAAGCAUCUUUAAUAGAAUCCAUUUCAAUAUUAUGUUCAAAAGUAAUGUAUGUUACACAAUUCAUCCAACAAAAAAUCUGAAAGUAAACAAGAAACCCGCAUCAAACUUCACCUUCAAUCAUCAUAAAUCUUAAGCUAAUAAUAUAAUACAGAAGAUCAAC